ACCGCUUGCGUUUUCCUCCCCUUCCCGCUCCCCCAAAUGCCGCCUCCUCAUCACUAAUCACCAUUGCCCCGCGCCCACCUCCCACUCGCUCUCUACUGCCUCUCGCCGUCGCCACGGUUCGCGAUGGGCUGCUUCCUUGGCUGCUUCGGGGGGGCCAAGGAGCGCCGCCGCCGCCGCAAGCGGUCGCCGUCACAGUCCCCCAACGGCCGCGCCCGGGCCGUGCCGCGGGUUUCGCCGAAGAAGGUUGAUCUGGAUGGGGAGGCCGCCUCCGCCGCCGCGCCGCUCUUAGCGACGCUCCUCGAGCUGAGGGACUCCACGGACGACAUGUGCCUGGCCGUCGUGAAGAAGAAGGUGACGUUCGAUCCCAACGUCACCACCUUCGAGGCCGCCCCGAUCCCUGAGGACGACGGCGAGGGAGCCGAUCCGGAGGAUGGUGAGGAUAGCAGGGAGAAAGGAUGGAUGUUGACGCCGGAUUGCGCCAAGUCCGAGGCCUUCCCCUUGAACCACAGGUACAGCAACUGCGCUGGCAUUGAGAGCGACAGCGACUACGAGGACGCCGAGGAGGACGAGUUUGAAGACUACGACGACGACGACGACGAGGAGGAGGAGGAAGGGGAAGACGGGCUCGACGAGUGCGCGAUCGACGACGACGACGACGAGCACGGCCUCCUUGGCAUCGGCCGCAGCGAGGAGGACGCGUGCGAGUCGCUCUUCCUGCUUCCGUUCGGCAAGACGUCCAAGGAUUCCGGAGGCCAGGUAGCGGCGCCCGUCGUGCCCCCGGCAGAGUCCCCCUCGGUGCUCAGCUCCGUGGAGAACCUCAACCUCACCCGCUGGAAGGAAUCCAAGCCCCGCGCUGCCGCCGCGCCCAAGUCCUCGGACAAGGAGAACGUCACUGUGGGGCAGGAGAACCGGAUGGCCCUCCUCGCCGAGCCACCAGCGGCGGCCAAGAGGAAGGAGGAGAGGCCGGCGGUGUCGGACUACAGCUACACCCCCAGAACGCCGAGCAAGCAGGAGGCCUCCGUGGACGCCAGCCUCUCCACGUGGCUCGGUUCCUCGGGGACGCCCGAGAGCAACUCGGUCCGGUCCUACUCGCCGAUCAGCCGUGAGGAGCGGCCGAUCCUUGGGGCCCUCACCGUGGAGGACAUCAAGAUAUCGUCGGCCAACUCAACGCCGAGGAGGUCGAGGUCCCCGAGCCCGAGCCCGGAUGACAUGCCGAUCCUGGGGACGGUGGGGGCUUACUGGAACUGCAGUGCCAAGGAGGCUGAUCCGGUCACAAGAGGAGGGUUUAUGAGGACCAGAACCAGAUUUGGCCAGAAUUUUGCAGGAUAAAAUGGUGGAUUGCUACUGAAUAGUGAACACCUCCUGCUAGGAGGAGACAGAGAGUGCCGAGCUGGGUGGAAAUGCAAAGUUACAGAGUUUGUGAGAAUUCGAGAUUGUGAAACCAGUUUACAUUUCUGUGAUCCAUAUUCUUUCAUAUGUUUGUAAACAUUACAUUGUCAUCCAUAUUCUAGUAUGGUGUUUUUUGUGGCACUGUCAAUAUGAUGUGUUAUUUCAAUACUAUUCUUUUGUCAACAUGAUCAAAUGUAUUUGUGCA